AUGAUGACGUUAACAGCACAACAAAACCCAAUGGCUGUCGGUGCAAGGAAACAGAAUGGACGACUAAAACAUUCCUUCUGGGACGUCCUCAGGCUGUCAAGUGCAAACAGCUGCCAAUGUAUAUGAGACAUUUUGCCAGGUUCUAUUCAGCUAUGGCUGGACCCAGGCCUGUGGUGCUGAGCGGCCCAUCCGGGACGGGGAAAAGCACUCUGUACAAGAAGCUGAUGAAGGAAUACAGCAGCGUCUUUGGCUUCAGCGUCUCACAUACAACUAGAAAUCCGCGACCCGGAGAAGUGAAUGGCAAAGAUUACCACUACGUCACGCGGGAAGCCAUGCAGGCCGCCAUCAACAAGGGCGAUUUCAUCGAGAACGCAGAGUUUUCCGGGAACUUGUACGGGACGAGUAAAGCGGCCGUGCAAGACGUUAAGGACCGCAACCUCAUCUGUAUACUGGAUAUAGACAUGCAGGGGGUGAGGAACAUCAAGAGAACCGACCUCAAUCCUAUUUACAUCUCCAUCCAACCUCCGUCUUUGGACAUCCUGGAAACCCGUUUAAGAGACCGAAAAACAGAGUCAGAGGAAAACCUUCAGAAGCGCUUGAACGCAGCUAAAGCGGAAAUCGAAUUUAGUAAAGAAGCUGGCGUGUUUGACCUCGUCAUCGUCAACGACAACCUGGAUGACGCUUAUGAGCAGCUAAGAGAUGCUCUUCUGGAGGAAAUCCACGGGGUCAAGAAAAUCAACUUGUCCUCGUAGGAGAAGGACAUCAUAACGCCAUUUCUAAGCCACUCCUCACUAAAACCUCUACUACUCUUGUUGUGAACAUUCCAGCCAUAGAGGUGGUCUAAAAAGCAAAACAAAGACAU